CGGACGAUUAAAUGGCAGCAUAGAUGAUGCACAGUCUGGUUUGAUCGGAUCGUUUCAGUCGUGACGGUCGUAACGUGAGAUGGGGGAGCAGCCCAGGCCAACCCAACAAGAGAGCAGUCGUGCAGUCGGCAGUGCAAAGCUAGCUAGCUAGCUCUGUGCAAUGCGUAGAGGUAGGGAGUGAAGUCUAUAAUGAAGAGAAAAAUUCAAGAUGGCCGAAGUUUGUUGAAGCACUCUUGCUUUUCUUCCUUUCUUCGAAGGCGACUGGGCGCCGCGUCGAGUAAUGCAGCAGAAUCACCGAGCUUGGUGCUCGCGAUUCUUUUCCGAGAAAUUACGGUCGAGAAUCUGGGAACGUGGUGUCCCUGCUUCAAACUGUGCCAGCCGGAUCAGGUCGAAGAUGCGCGGGAGGCCAAAGUCGGAUCCAGGGAGCUCUGUAUCCGGAGUCCAAGGCGUAAUCUAGCACACUCGCGUUCCAGGAGCUGUCAAGAGGUGGCGGCAAAACUGGGCGUCGACUGGCGACUGGCGACUCUCGCAAGCGGCUCUGACGACGUCGUUGGAUGUCGCGGGUUCGCAGGAGAGAGCGACGGAGAGGAGAGGUGGCGAUGGAGAGGAGAGAAGAGAAGCGAGCAGUACUACGAAGUACGAGAGUUGGAGAGCCAGGCUAAUGGAAAAGAAAAAUUGCACGCCAGAGCAUAAUCCUAAGUACGGGUAAUAACCUACUAGGGGGGGAGGCUCUUGCCGCCCCACCGCGCUGUCGACUUGGGUGCGCCAG